ACAAGAACAGCUUUAUCUCGUUGACGAAAGUUCAAUUAGCAACUGCACAAAGCUCUACUUGCAGAAUGCAGCAUCCUUCCCUCCGCCUCUUACCACCAACCGGAACUCCCAACACCGCCGCCUCCACCACCGCCACUCCCCGUUACCUGAAAUUCCGCACCUCUCAUAGAGAAAAUCUUCGUUAUCUUAAGGCAAUCGGCAUAAUCGAUCCCAACCUCCAUCCCCGGGACACUCCUUCCCCUCAAACUGUCGAUCAAGUCCUCACCACCGUAAGCUUCCUCAAAUGCAAAGGCAUCCAAGACGCCGACUUCCCCCGUAUCGCCUUCCUCUGUCCCCAACUCUUCUCCGACCACUUUCAACCAUCCCAAAUCGAACCAGUUUUCGAUUUCUUAAUCACCGAUCUCAACGCAUCGGUCGGAGAAUCUCGCGGAUUAAUCGUUAACUGCCCGGAGAUCUUAUUCUCAAGCGUGGAAUACUGUCUCAGACCGACACUCGAUUACCUCAAGAAAUUAGGUGUGGAGAAACUGAAUGCGCCGAGCAAACAGAACGCCUUUCUGUUGAACACGAGAGUGGAGAAGCUACGAGUGAAGAUCAAGUUCCUGAGGAGCAUAGGGCUGACAUACGAAGAGGCGGCGAGGUUUUGUGCAAGAAUGCCGGCAAUUUUUGGGUACAACGUGGAGGAUAACCUGAGGCCGAAGUACGAGUUUUUGGUGGAGGAGAUGGAUCGGAAGGUGGAAGAGGUGAAGGAAUUUCCGCAGUAUUUUGGAUUUAGCUUGCAGAGGAGGAUUGCGCCGAGACAUUGGCAUUUGAAGCAGAGGAAUGUGAGGAUUAAGUUGAACAGAAUGUUGAUUUGGAGUGACGAAAGGUUUUACGCUAAAUGGAAAUGAAAUCUCAAGAGGGUGAGCAAGUGUACAUGUUUACAUAUUUACCUAAUUUGAUAUUUGCCAUUCCAACUCCAAACACUACUGAAUUUGGGAAUUCUUCGAUUCAAUGACUUUGUGUUUUUUAGGGUACAGAAUACAGAUGGUAAAAUACU